UGAGGGUCUAAAUUUUUUGGUCCUGUGUGCAGCAUAUGCGUAUCAUCCUUUGGAGCAAGACCAGUAGCAAUCUUCAGUGGCUUUAUGGUGGCUGGUGGCCUCAUGAUGAGCAGUUUUGCACCUAACAUAUACUUUCUCUAUCUUUCAUAUGGCAUUGUUGUUGGACUCGGAUGUGGCCUUCUGUAUACUGCAACAGUUACCAUCACUUGCCAGUAUUUUGACAAACGCAGAGGCCUUGCACUUGGUCUGAUUUCAACAGGCUCAAGUGUUGGACUCUUUAUAUAUGCAGCAUUACAAAGAGAGCUUAUUGAGCUGUAUGGACUGGAUGGUUGCCUGCUAAUAGUUGGUGCACUCUCUCUAAAUAUAUUAGCAUGUGGCAGCUUAAUGAGACCGUUGGAGUCAUCUGAUUCCCCUUCACCAGAAAAAGCACGUAUAGACAAAGUCCCAGAUCAAUACUUUGUUUACCAUGAAAAAGAAAAGACUGUUGAAGAAAAUAUAAGCAUCCUUGAAAAGGGCUACACUGAUGAGAAAUGCACAAACAAUGUGCCUGACUACAAACAAGAUAACAUUUUAAAUAAGAAUGUAUUAAGCUCAAUAAAUGUAAAUGAGAAAGACACUUAUAAAAAGAAAGUUGUGGAACAGACAAACUUCUGCAAGCAACUAGCCAAAAGAAAAUGGCAGCUCUAUUUGAACUACUGGGAGGAAACUGUGGUUCUUUUUAAGAACAGAGUAUUUUCAGCUCUCUUUUUUGCCAUCUUGCUCUUUGAUAUUGGUGGAUUUCCUCCUUCUCUGCUCAUGGAAGAUAUAGCAAGAAGUGCAAACAUCAAUGAAGAAGACUAUCAUAUGCCCCUUGUUUCCAUUAUAGGCAUUAUGACUGCUAUUGGCAAACUUAUUUUAGGAAUACUAGCAGAUUUUAAGUGGGUUAACACAUUAUAUCUAUAUGUACUUACCUUACUAAUGAUGGGAGCAGCCUUGCUUGCAAUUCCAUUUGCCAGAAGUUACUUUACAUUAGCAGUACUUUCUGGGAUUCUGGGUUUUCUGACUGGGAACUGGUCAAUUUUUCCAUAUGUAACAACAAAGACUGUGGGAAUUGAGAAACUGACUCAUGCUUAUGGGAUACUGAUGUUCUUUGCUGGACUUGGAAACAGCCUCGGACCACCAAUUGUAGGUUGGUUUUAUGACUGGACGCAGGAGUAUGACACUGCAUUCUAUUUCAGUGGCUUUUGUGUUUUACUGGGAGGAUUUCUUCUGCUGUUGGCAGCAUUACCCUGCUGGAAUGCCUGUACCAAUCAGAGCUCAAAGCUGCCUCCAAAUACUUACUCCUACAAAGUUGCAUCUAGUGCUUAGGUGACAACUGGAAAACACUACUUUAUGCCUUUUUUUAUAUAUUAUAUAGCAAAGGAUUUUAGUAAUUUUUCACUUAUUUAUGAAGUCCAAAAAUCCACUAGAAAAAUUCUAUUGCUGUUUAUGUUCAGUUUUUUUUUCUUUUUAUCCUUUCUUCCCCUUCCCCCUUCCCUUUUUUUUUUUUAAGAACAGUCUUAUUCUGUCUACUGUGCACUGUGUUUUCUGCCUUUGUCUACUGCAAUUUCCUCUCAGCCUGUAAUGGAUAUAUUGUGCUGUAUUAUUGUCUGUACUGUUUUUGUUGUUGUUUUUUAAGGGAUAGGGAGUGUGGAAGGUUGAAGACAUGGAAGCAAAAAUGAAGGCCUAUCUCUUAUUGGAGAAGACUGGCAUUUCUGUCGCCUUUUAUAGGUCUCCAAGUUGCACAAUCAGACUUCAUAAAACAAAAAUUUGCCUUAUGAGAAUAUAAUGCUAUGGCAAGGUGCUUGUAACAUCAUGUUUAGAUUAACUUUCUGACUUUUUAAAGUUUCUCCAAUUUACAAUGAAGUGCCAAUGAGGGAGGAAGAACAAAACCAUCCUUCUGUUGCAUUAAUGAAUUUUAUGAUGAAAGUAAAGAUUCUUACUACCACUGCGACUGAGGACUAUGUUUAUAAUUAUUGCACUUUUGGUGAAGUUUGUUUAUGAUACUGUUGAACCAAAAUCUUUUAAACCAAGGAAUAAACAUGAUUUUUGAAACCA